AUGUUCGAAGUCGGUGAAUUUAUUGUAAUGAAAUUUCUAUGGACUGUUUAUCUCGGAGGACUUUACUUCACAUUUGUCGGGGUUGAGACGAAAGGCCGCAUGUCAGGAAGUCUUCAGCGACAGUUAAGGGAAUUGACUUAUCCAGAUGACAGUGAAAUGGGUUUAUUUUUCGCCCUGGCAAUCCCAUUGGACGACCCGGUCGCGACGAAAGCGAUGUCAGUGGCAUUUUUUUUCGAAGCGAACUACGGGCUCGUUAGAGAACAGGAAUCAUUAGCAUCCAGGGCGAGAAAACAAAGAGCCACGUUUUCGGAUCAUAAAUUAUUAACUCGCGCGACUGUCUACUCAAUUCUCGAAUCUAAAUUCGAGGCCCUCAGCAUCCAGACUGGAGACUUUAACCAAUACUUACCAGCUCCCGCUCUGCUCCUUGAUAUAUUGAUCCCUUGGCCUUUUUCUAAAACUUUUUUUACGCAACCCCCGGCGAGCAUCGAGCUUUUUGCUGGACCAAACUCUGUCAUUAGUCCUCGCCUCGGGCUGUCAGGUCAAGCAUGUUUAUUGCGUUCAAUCUGCGAAACGAGUAAAUUGUCUGUGGAUCGUGACAACGGACUCAUCGGUGACCUAUUGAGAAUUUUACUAACGCCAUCUUCAUCUGCUAACGAGAACUUGCCAACUGAAUACGUCCUGGCCGAACAACGACAGCUCAAGAGCCGGAUCAAUCAUCACUCCCGAUGCGACACCGGCAAUAAUCAUUAUCAUCAUCAUGAUCCACCUCUCGAUGAUGAUGAUAACAAGGAGCUCAAUGAUUGCAGUACAAUUUAUCCCCUUUGUCCUAUUAGUAUUUAUGACUACAUAACCAUCCAAUGA